AUGAACACCCCCCCUCACCCCUGUCAAUCAUGCCACACACCUGCAGCCCCGGGGACCGUUGAUGACACACCUGCAGUCCCAGGGACCGUUGAUGACACACCUGCAGCCCCAGGGACCUUUGAUGACACACCUGCAGCCCCAGGGACCGUUGAUGACACACCUGCAGCCCCAGGGACCUUUGAUGACACACCUGCAGCCCCAGGGACCGUUGAUGACACACCUGCAGCCCCGGGGACCUUUGAUGACACACCUGCAGCCCCAGGGACCGUUGAUGACACACCUGCAGCCCCAGGGACCGUUGAUGACACAUCUGCAGCCCCAGGGACCGUUGAUGACACACCUGCAGCCCCAGGGACCGUUGAUGACACACCUGCAGCCCCAGGGGCCGUUGAUGACACACCUGCAGCCCCAGGGGCCGUUGAUGACACACCUGCAGCCCCGGGGACCGUUGAUGACACACCUGCAGCCCCAGGGACCGUUGAUGACACACCUGCAGCCCCAGGGACCGUUGAUGACACACCUGCAGCCCCAGGGACCGUUGAUGACACACCUGCAGCCCCGGGGACCGUUUAUGACACACCUGCAGCCCCGGGGACCGUUGAUGACACACCUGCAGCCCCAGGGACAGUUGAUGACACACCUGCAGCCCCGGGGACCGUUGAUGACACACCUGCAGCCCCGGGGACCGUUGAUGACACACCUGCAGCCCCGGGGACCGUUGAUGACACACCUGCAGCCCCGGGGACCGUUGAUGACACACCUGCAGCCCCAGGCACCGUUCAUGACACACCUGCAGCCUCAAGGAGCGUUAAUGACAUCCCCCUUACACUCUCAGGUAUACCACGCUUCUAA